AUGAAUAAAUUUUCAUCUGAUAUAUUCAAAACUUCGUUACUUGGUGAAAAAAUAGCAGUUCUAUGUGGACCUGCUGGAAAUAAGUUCUUAUUUUCUAAUGAAAAUAAGCUUGUAACUUCCUGGUGGCCAAGAAAUGUUGAGAAAAUUUUUCCUACUUCUCGACAAACCUCAGUCAAAGAAGAAUCGCAUAAAAUGCGUAACCUCCUGCCUGGUUUUUUAAAACCUGAUGCAUUGCAGAAAUAUGUGGGAAGUAUGGACUCCAUUGCUCGAGAACAUCUCCAAAUUAACUGGGAUUUGAACAGAGAAAUCACUGUUUUACCACUAGCAAAACAGUAUACUUUUGCAGUGGCAUGUAAAUUAUUCUUGAGCAUUGAUGAUCCAAAACAUAUUGCAAAAUUUGAGAAGCCAUUUCAUGUGUUGGUUGCUGGAGUUUUAUCCAUACCGAUAAAUUUACCUGGUACUCUUUUUAAUCGUUCAAUUAAAGCUGCAAAUUUGAUCAGAACGGAGCUCCUGGAAAUAAUCAGGCAAAGAAAAAUCAAGCUGAUGGAGAAAAACUCCAUGCCCACUCAGGAUAUUUUAUCCCAUAUGCUAACUACCUCAGAUGAAAAAGGUCAGUUCAUGACUGAUUUGAAUAUUGCUGACAAGAUAAUUGGUUUGCUCAUUGGUGGCCACGAUACUGCCAGUGUUGCUAUUACUUUCAUCAUGAAAUAUCUUGCUGAGCUUCCAGGAAUUUAUGAUGGUGUUCUAAAAGAGCAAAGGGGGAUUGCAGAGGGGAAACGACCGGGAGAGCUCUUAAAUUGGGAUGAUAUACAGAAGAUGAAGUUUUCGUGGAACGUGGCUUGUGAAGUAUUGAGGCUCGCGCCUCCACUUCAAGGAAGUUUUCGAGAGGCUGUUACUGACUUUAUGUACUCCGGCUUCUCCAUCCCGAAAGGAUGGAAGUUGUACUGGAAUGCAAACACGACGCAUAAGAACCCUGAGUACUUUUCCGAACCUGAAAAGUUUGAUCCAUCGAGGUUCGAAGACAAUGGCCCAAUUCCUUAUACAUACGUCCCGUUUGGUGGAGGGCCAAGGAUGUGUCCUGGAAAAGAAUAUGCUCGACUCGAAAUACUUGCUUUUAUGUACAACGUUGUGAGAAUGUUCAAAUGGGAAAAAAUCAUACCAGAUGAGAAGAUUGUUGUGGAUCCAAUGCCUAUGCCAGCAAAAGGAUUGCCUAUUCGCCUCUAUCGCCAUUGA